AUGGCUCUCCACACUGCCAAACACUUCUCUUGCUCCCGCCCUUCCUCCCUCCUCCAGACAUUCCGCGGCCUUUCCUUGUACCCCAGACGCUCUCAGUCAAAUCAGUCAACUAUCUUAGAUCCUGACAAAUAUUUUGAAUCUCUUUCCGGAGAUCCCCCGGAAUAUCCUUACGGCCCUUCCCUCUACUUCAAACAAGCAAACAGCGGUCUCUACGGCGGUUCGACAAUCCAAUUCGGAAACAAAAUCUCCAAGGGACGAAAUAAGGGAAAGACGAGAAGGACAUGGAAACCUAAUGUUCGCCACGAGGAGCUCUACAGUGAGGCUUUGGGGACGACGCUGAAACUAAAAGUUACACAUCGCGUCCUGAGAACGAUUAAGAAAGUGGGCGGCUUGGAUCAGUACCUCUUGGGCGAUAAGCCCGCCAGAAUAAAGGAAUUAGGCGUUUUCGGGUGGAAAUUGCGGUGGAAAGUCAUGCAGUCGAGGGCAAUGAGGGAGAAAUUUCUGGAGGAACAAAAGGCACUGGGAUUAAGGGCGGCUGCCGAAUUGGAGCCACAGGCACCGCAGCAAACGCAGGAUAAGAUACCUGUCUCUACCGAGUAA